GAACAACAAAUGUUGGAGAAGAGCUUGAGAAAUACUCUGUAGAGUCUGGCCAGCAACUGACCAAGUCAGCCAUUCUGUCUUCAGCAGCGCAAAAGGAACCGCUGAAAAUCUACCAACAUCUUAACAGCGGGGAGCUGCCCCAAGCCAGGGCAGGCAGAUAUGAACUGCACACGCCAGAUCAAAUUAGUUCCCAGUAAUAUCUGGUACAAGCCACAGCAGAGAAAUCAGUGUAAAGAACCCAGACGCAGAAAACAAGCCACUUCUCUGCUUUCUGAAUUUUACAGAUGCAUAUCUGCCAUCUGUAGUACCACGGAACCACUUCUUCCUCAUACGCAAUAGUAGAAGGCACCACUCUGUGAUCUACAGUGAAGGACAGCAUUCAAGAGAAGGGUUUAUUAAUAUUUAGAAAUAUGAUGGGGCAUGUACAUUUGAUCUUCCUGUCCGCCUUCCUCCUGGUUUCCGUGACAUCUGAAACAUUUGAUGCAAUGGAAGGUGAGGCUUUUACUAUAAAAUGUCCACGAUGGAGUCCAUCUGUGAAAAUCACCUGGUAUCACACCGUUACAAACAAAAUGAUUCCUACGGAAGAAGAGGGAUCACAAAUAUUUUCCUUAAACCAAUUUCUUUGGUUUUUGCCAACUUCUAGAGAGCAUUCUGGAGACUACACUUGUGUUAUACAUUUUUCAAACAAUAGCACAAAGUUGUACAACAUGAGCGUGCAAGUGCAUCCAUACAAGCAAGGAGUAUGUUUCCCAAGUCAGAUUCGUUACCCCAAUGACACUGGAAGAGGGAAAAUUGUUUGUCCUACAAUUGACAAUUAUAAGAAUGCUACUAUCAUCCAGUGGUAUAAGAACUGCAAACCUCUUCAGGGAGAGAGAUACUUCAUGGCAGAAAAUUAUGUUUAUAUUAGCAAUCCAGGAAAGGAGGAUGAUGGUUAUUAUACUUGUCGUUUUACCUACAUUCAUAAAGGAAAUGUAUUUAAUGUGUCAGCAACAAGGAUUUUUAUAAGUAAAGUAAAACACUCGCCUAUACGUCCUCAGAUUUUAGUUCCAAAAGAUAAAGAUGUAAUAGAAGUGGAGCUUGGUGCUCCUUUGUCUCUGAAAUGUCAGGCCCGCCUAGGGAUUAAGAAACAGCCGCUGGCUGUUGUCACAUGGGAUGUGGAUAAUAUCUCAGUGAAAUCCUUAGAAUUUUCAAGAUUUCAUGAAAAAACUCGUUCUUUUGAAGGACGCCAUCAAGAAUAUUACAAAGAGACCACUUUGCAUAUUUCUGAAAUCAAAAAUGAAGAUCUGCAGGCAAAUUUCACAUGUGUAGUGGUGAAUGAAAUGUGCAACACAAGGGCCACGGUGACACUAAAGCUCAAAGCACAAUGUGAGGAUGUGUGACCAAGAAAAUAGAUCAAAUCAUAAAAUUUGAUGGGGUCCACAAGGACAAAGUUCCUCCAUGGACGUCACAUAACACCGGUAAAACUACAAAAUGUCCAAACUUCUCCAUGAAAGAACCUGGUUGUUUACUUGCCCACUUCAAUUUUAUUCAUAGAAUAAUACAAUGGUUUGGGUUGGAAGGGUCUUUAAAGAUCAUCCAGCUCCAAACCCCCUGCCAUGGGCAGGGACACCUCCCACUGCAUCAGGGUGCCCAAGGCCCCACUCAACCUGGCCUUGAACAUUUCCAAGGAUGGGGCAUCCACAACUUCCCUGGGCAACUUCUUCCAGUGUCUUACCACUCUCAUUGUGAAAAAUUCCCUCCUAAUGUCUAGUCUAAAUCUUCCCCCUUCCAAUUUAUGGCCAUUCCCCCUUAUCCUAUCACUACAUGACCUUGUAAAAAGUCCCUCACCAGCUUCCUUUUAUGCUCCCUUCAGGUACUGAAAGACAGCUAUUAGGUCUCCCUGGAGCUUUCUUUUCUCCAGGCUGAAGAACUCCAACUCUCUCAGCCUGUCCUCAUAGCAGAGGUGCUAUGGCCCUCUGACCAUCUUUGUGGCCCUCCUCUGGACUUGUUCUGACAGUUACAUAUCCUUCUUAUGUGAGAGAUUUCAGAACUAGACACAAUACUCCAGAUGAGGUUUCACAAAAGUGGAAUAGUGGGGCAGAAUCACCUCCCUUGACCUUCUGCCCAUGCUUUUUUUGAUGCAGCCCAGGAUACAGUUUCUGGGCUGUGAGAGAACACUGCCAGCUCACAUUGGGCCUCUCAUCAGUUGAAAACCCCAAGUCCUUCUCCACUGGGCUGCGCUCAAUCACAUCAUCCCCCAGCCUAUAUUGAAGCCAUGUAUUGCCCUGACCCAGGUGUAGGACCUUGCACUUGGCCUUGUUGAACCUUGGAAGGUGGUUUCCACAUAUCUAGUUUUGGUGAGGUAGACUUCAUCACAUGCCUGAUGCUUCUUUCUCCCUUUAAACAGCAAAAAAAGAAAAAAGGAAGAGUGUGGAAAUCAUAUCCGAUCUACCUCACAUCCUACCAGAGGAAAGGAAAAACCUACUCGUAAACUCCUCAUUUAUACAGCUUUGCAGUGGAAUUUCUUAGGCACUAAUAUUUUUAGGUUGCCUCCAUAAGUAGUACUCAAUGCACUGCCUUAUUCAACACCUCCUGGAGACACCAGGGAACCUGUAAAUUUCAAUAUGAGAGUUUUCACUGUUAAAUAUUUUAUCUCAUUUCAUUUAUUUAGUGCCAAAAUCCAAGAGAAAGCUCCAAAAUUGCUCUUUGGUGGCAGACAUUGGCUUUAGCUAGUAGCUUGCUGGCUGUGUACAAUCUGCAGCAUUUUCCAAUCUGUCUUGCUGCAUCUUCUGUAGAGGACAUUGAGACUAUUCUUCAGCCUGCCAUAAGAUACACCUCCUCACAUGCUGGUGAAUGGCUUGCUGCUGUAUGUUUUGCAGACAGGGGGAGGAAAAACCCUGAAAGUCUUAUCCCUGCUCUGAAUGCACAAGGCUUGGUUGGGUGGCGUUGAUAACAGUACAUGUAAUCAACCUCCAUAGGUUGAGUUGCUGUGAAGGGUCUCUACAGUGAGGAUGCCAGAGCUGAUCUCCAUGUUGGAAUUGCCAGAAUGCUUGUAUUUAAAUUUAUAGGUGGCCAACAUUCAAAGGAAUAUUUUUUCCUCAGCUAAGAUAAUUCUGAAUUUGCGGCACAUCUCAAAUCUCAUUGCAACACUGAAGAGAUACACGUUUCUAAUGAUAUUUCAAGAUAGGGCGUUGUGUAUGGCAAUUAUUAUGUUUUCUAUAACAUAGUAAAAUAAAAAUAUAGGUAGGCCCAUCUAUACAUAUGUGAUGCACAAUCUGGAUGUUUUCAUGUGCAUUUCCGUGGGGGUAAAAGCUCAUCAUCCAGUCCAACACCUCUGGGCAUAUAUUUUUUGCUACAACUCAUUUCAGUGACCUGAAUCAUAGAAAAGCCCCCAAAGCAGCUGUAUUAUUACAACUAUAGGAUGAUGAAUUGUUAUGAUAGGCAGGAAUAACUAGGUAAAGCAAGUGGACUGCAAAUGGAAAGAUCUCAAUAGAUUUAAUUGUCAGAGAAAAAAACAUAUAUGGAACCGCCUGAGUCUACAAGUUAAAAUCAAGUGGAGUACAUUUAGAUGCCUUUCAUUUGCUUAGGAGGAAAUUUCUACUACAAGACAAUUGCUGUUAAUCUUCCCUCCAAGGGAAUAAUGAAUAGUCUUUGUGUAAUUGCUGUAUAAAGCCGUUGAUAUUUUAAUUUCCAACUUGGCUAUCUGGAAUAUAUAAUGUUUUCAAUACUGAAUCUUUGGUCAAUUUAAUAUGUCCAGGUCAUAGGUCAAAAGUUCUAUCUUUCUAGUUUGGAGAGAGUACAAAAUGACCUUGCUUCAAUGUCCCAUCACCUAUUGCUGAAGCAAACCUAGAUAUCGUCUAGAGAAUGCAGAUAUCUAGAUUGACUUCUGUUCCAUGAAUUAUAGAAUGAGUGGAAAAAUGGGCUGUUACACAAAUGCAGCUCUCUGGGCUGUCACAGAAACACAGUUCUCCCCUGGAAGAGUGAUAAUUCCAAUCUUGUCUUAGACUAGCCCCAUGCACAUGAUAUAGCACAGGGCUGGUGACUAUAAGCCAUCCUUACAGAAUCAUAUAAUCACAGGAUGGUUUGGGUUGGUAAAGAUCUUAAACAGUCAUCUAGUCCAACCUCCCUGUAAUGAGCAGGGACACCUUCAACUCAAUCAGGUUGCUCAGAGCCCAGUCCAGCCUGACCUUGAAUAUUUCCAGGAUGAGAUGUCUACCACUUAUGUGGGCAUCCUGUGUUUCACCACUCUCAUCGUAAAAACUGUCUUCCUUAUCUCUAGUCUGAGUCUAUCCUUGAUAAGUCUUCAUCAGUGAGGUCAAGGUCAGAUUCAAGAGCUCUUCCACGAGAGAAGCUGGAACUAAAGUAGGUGUCUCCUUUCUUUCGCAAUCUGCUUACUUAUCAUUGCUAUUUCGUGCUCCUUGACCCUCUUCAAACGAGAAGGCAGAGGAGUACACCAUCUGCCUCCAUCAGAGUUUGUUUUAUUCCUGUAACCAGGAUAUUUUCUGUUUUCCUUCCUGUUCUGCGUAUUUUAUUCUUAUCUUGCAGAUUUCAUUAUUUGUACACAUUUGUACACUGUUUAUGCAACUAGACCAGAAGCCUCCGCUUGUCCUUUUGUGGACACUUACGCGUAGGUUUAAAUGCCUUACAAAAUGAUUGAACAUUAUUGCUGGUUGUAUUAUUAACAGCUUUUUUUUAUACAAUGUUAAAAAAUACUUAAACAUGUUGUCAGCUGUGGUAUUUAGUGUAGGUAGGUCUGGAUUCAAAUGAGGUAAAUAAUUACAUAAUGCUUAGAAUGCUUCUAGUUUAGGGAUGUCUACGUUGGUUAUACCAGCUGGGGAAGGAAAAAACUUUGUUGUCUCUGUUGUAAGCUCCUUAAAACUGAAACAGAAGCUGGAGUAUGAGAGACUGAGGCUUCAGACCAUGGGUUAACUUCUCUAUGGCUAACAUUAUAUUCUUCUUC